AUGAAACUCUUGAACGGCCUUUUGGCCACCAGUGCGUACGCACUUGUAGAUGAAAACAACGAUACCCUCAACGAGGCCGAAUACGGAAAUCUCGAUGAGUUCCAGCUCAACGAGCUUCUCGGGCUGGAUCUUUUCGAGGGAGACAUCAUCACAGAUGAGCCCGGUACGCUCAACAAAGACCGCAACGCCCAGCUCGAUCUUUCCUACCGAUGGCCCAAUCGGCUCAUUUCCAUCGGAGUCGAACCCCAAGUCGCGAUGAAUGUCGUCGGCUCCCUACACCAGGCGAUUCGAGAGAUGGAAGCCAAAUCCCUGGUUUCAUUCCGCGCUGCGGAUGAAACAAUUGAUGAUUGGAUCAGAAUCUAUCUUGGUGGAGGAUGCUCUUCGUCAGUUGGAAGAAUCGGUGGAAGACAAAGUCUCUCCCUCGCCGAUGGUUGCUCUGCCAUGGCUACAAUUAUGCAUGAAUUCACUCAUGCUCUUGGAAUCAAACACGCCCAGUCCCGCCCAGAUCGAGAUGACUACGUAGAAAUCAUGUGGGACAACAUCGACCCAACUAAGUACAACAACUUCGAAAAAGUGUCCGACGACCAGUGGACCACCUUCGGCAUCCCUUACCCAUACAUGUCCGUGAUGCACUACUCUCAGGGAGGAUUUGCGAUUGACAAGAGCAAGCCAACCAUUGUCACAAAAGAUCCUUUCUACCAAGAUCUCAUUGGCCAGCGAGCGAGUUACACUAAGGCGGAUAAUGAUUUGCUCAAUAACCUCUACUCUUACUCCGAUGCCGACUUAGACCUAGCCAAUUGCGGGUGCAACAAAAUCGAAAUGAAAGGCUUGACCUACCAGAGCGGCAGAAACGGUGUCUACGUCAAGGACGCGAAUGGAUCUCUUUCCGGUGAUAGAUACGGAUACGGCCAUGAGACUCGUGGCGACUGGCUUUACUACCGACGAGGCAGCUAUUCGUGGUUCAUUGGAUCGACUAAGGGAGGCAGCUCAAGAGGUGUUGAAGCACCAGACGUCGCCUUUUGCCCGGAGAAUAUUGAGAAAACAUGGAGAGAAUACAGUGGUGGUGACUGGUAUGAAACUGGAAGUGUCGUCAGCAGAUGCGUUGAUAGCGUAAAAUGCUGCCCCUCUCUCACCUUGAUGCACCGCAACUCUCGCUACCCAGAAAUCAACGGCGACUAUUUCGCCGCCGGAGAAGUCCACCACCGACCCUACUAUCUCCACGCCUCCGAGGACUAUGCGAUCUUUUUCAACGGCGAGAGCUGGGAAAUCUCAGCUAGCGCAGGUCUUAAUACCAAAAUGCACGAAGGAUUCAUUCUCCACACAUCUGAUUUCUGCAUUUCCGACUUGACUUCUGCCAAGUUCGUCAGUACCUUUGACGAUACAGUUCUCGACUCAAGAUUGACUUGUGGUUCGAACAGUUUUAAUGUCAACCCGCGAUUUGAAGCGAGCAUGAAAGCUCAUGCCCCCCAUGUUCAGGACGAACCAGCUGUUGAAACUUCUGUUGUCGAAAUGGAUACCUCCGGCUAUUGUCCUUCUGAUGAAGCGAUGUUCUCCUGGAAAAUCGACGAUUGGCAGUCCUUCUUCGACGCUGGCAACUCCCGACGAUCCCCUACUUUCGUCGACAAGGACGGUUACACUUGGCAAAUCAGUGUCUACCCUAACUCAAAGCCAUCAAGCUCCAACUACGGACAUCUUUCCAUUUAUGCUUACUUGGUUGCCGGUGAUUAUGACAGCUCCUUGGCCUUCCCAGCUCAUGGAAAGCAAAUCACAAUGGGAAUUCUGGAGCAGGGUAAACCAUGCAAGGACCGACUGACUCAGCGACGAAUGAUCACGACCGUACCCUCUCAUGGCGGCUGGGAGAAUCCUUCUGAGAAUGGCUCAACUAACCGAGGAUACAGCAAGUUCAUCAGCCAUGGACUUCUCUUCUACCGAGACUGGAACUACGUAUACGAUAACUCGAUGAUCUUCACUGUCGGCAUUUCCGAAGCCACUGGAACAUGGCUUGAGUGCGACAUGGCCGAGGUCGGCGAGUACGACCGAUGCAUGAUGAAACAAGAAUACGACGACGACCUCAACAUCGAGUCUGACGGCUCUAUCACUGGACGUGGUACUGCCAAGGUCACUUCAAUCCCCCACUCGCAAUACGGUGAGCGAUGCUUGUCCGUGACCAUUUCAACCGCUACCUCUAUCACUUUUGCGAUUACCGGAGAGAUUUUGAGCGGAACUGAGUUCAAGGCUGGUACCGUCUUCCCCUGGUACAGAGAACGAGUCUACCCAAGCGGCGAAACCGAGUACAACUUCCUCGUUGACAUCGGAUUCGACGACUACUACAGUCGAGUUCAACAGUACAUCACCAUGGAAAUCGUGAACCACGAAGAUGCCACCGCUAGAUUUAUCCGAUCCGAAAUGACCUUUGGCCGAUGUCCCGAAGCUCGAACUAUCAAGGGCGACAAUGUUGUGGGCAUUAAUAAUUCAAAUGAAAUCUCUCGCGUCACGGAGUUACUUAUGAUUAUCGAAAGCUACGUCGAUCAGGGAAAUGACAGUUUGAUCAUUCUCUGGAGUUGCUUGAUUACUGCUUCUGUAAUUGGUGUUAUAAUCGCGCUUAUUUACCUUUCUUGUGCUAUCAGGAAACAAAGAACUGAGAUGAAAACGAAGCGGGAAAGCAAAAAAGAACUAGUUCCUGAUGAUUAUUGA